CCUGCUUUUCUGGAUGUUAGUCUGAAAGCAGCAGAAGAAGGAGACGCUUCAGGAAAGCAGAGUUUUCAACAGUACCCUUCAGGAUGCUGGUUCCCCAGAGACCAUCCAUCUGUAUCGCAAUCCUGUCCAUGCUGUUGGAACUGGCCCAUGCCCAGUUUGAGCACCUUGUCUACCCACUGGCUUACCUUGAGCCAGAGCAGGAACAUUUCACCCCCCCGGUGCUGGCUCCAGACACACCCAGGAUUCAGCUGAGGCUGGCGGGAGAGAAAAGGAAACAUAAUGAAGGUCGUGUGGAGGUUUACUACAAUGGUACGUGGGGCACCAUCUGCGAUGACGACUUCAACAUCCACGCUGCUCAGGUGGUCUGCAGGGAGCUGGGCUACCUGAAGGCCGUCUCAUGGCUCCCAUCUUCCAAAUAUGGGAAAGGAGAAGGUUCUUUGUGGUUUGCUAAUGUUCUUUGUAGUCAACAGAGGAAGAAUAUGGCGCCAUGUACUGUCAGCUGUCUCGGACACUCGGACUGUAAGCACAGGAUCUCCACAGGGCUCGUCUGCAGUAAAGCGAGCAUUCCCGGUUUAAAAAUCAUUAAUACUGUUUCACAAAACAUGAGGAACCUUGAUAUUCAUGUGGAGGAUGUGCGCAUACGAGCCAUUCUGUCAUCAAACCGUAAACGAAUCCCAGUCACGGAGGGCUACGUGGAGGUGAAGGAUGAUGGCAAAUGGAAGCAGAUUUGUAACACAAAAUGGACUCAGUUAAACAGCAGGGUCAUCUGUGGAAUGUUUGGUUUCCCGGGGGAGAGGAAGUACAACGCCAGAGUCUACAAGAUGUUUGCUCGCAGGAGGACACCAACGUACUGGGACUUUUCUGUCAACUGCACUGGUACUGAAGCCCAUCUGUCCAGCUGUAAACUGGGUCAGACCAUACCGGAGAAGUCCAAUGAGACCUGUGCUGAUGGGAUGCCCGUGGUGGUGAGCUGCAUGCCUGGACGAGCCUUCGCCCCAACACCCAUGACGGGCUACAGGAAGGCCUUCAGACAAGAGGUAAAAACAUGGUGCACUGGAUCCAUCAGAACCAGCAGCAGACUUUAUGGCUCAUGUAUGGGGCCUGUCCAUAUGAAUGAAGUUAAGUGCUCAGGAUUUGAGAAGUCCUUUACUGAGUGUUCCUUCAACAAGGAGAUCGUUGACUGCAGCCAUGAGGAGGACGCCGCAGUCAGAUGCAACAUCCCGGCAAUGGGCUUCAAGGAGAGGCUGCGUCUGAAUGGAGGUCGUAGCCCCUAUGAAGGCCGUGUGGAGGUACUUGUGGAGCGAAACGGGUCCUUAAUUUGGGGGACGGUGUGCAGUGUGGGCUGGGGCACCAUGGAGGCCAUGGUGGUCUGCAGACAACUGGGCCUGGGCUUUGCCAGUAACGCCUUUCAGGUAUGA